AUGAACAAAAUUUCUGGAGCUUCAACUUAUAAAAAUAACUAAGGAUAAAAAUCAUAAAAAUCUCUAUAAUCAAAGCUUCCUGAAAAGGUCAGAUUAGAAAAUCAUGGUUUAGUCAUUGCUAAUUAAAAAGAGAAAAGAGUUAAGAAAGAGGAAAUUAGAAAAUAUUUAAAGAGCAAGAAUAAUAAAUACAUUUAAGAUGUAUAUUGA